AUGCCGCGACCACGCGCCGCGAAAGAGGAAGAGACGGAGCUGCUUGCACAACACCAGGAAUCGCCACGGCCCUCAUCAGACGGUUCCGAGGCUUCUGCAUCCUCCAUAUCGACCACAUCGCUCGUACUAGAACAUAUCAACGACGGAGGAUUCAACGGCGCACGCUCAAAAGUCUCGGAGAAAUAUACAGACGAUGGUAACGGUGACCUUGGGCAUGCGCGCGAACGUUUCGACAUCGAAGAUGGCAAAUUCCAUCCCCUCACACCCGUAGACAAGAAGGCGCGACGGACGCUAUGGAUUGUUGGCACUAUAUGCGCAGUUGGCUGGGCCCUGGCACUGGUAUCUUUCCUAAUGAACGGCAACUAUAAGCAUUCAUCCACUCGGCCGCACGACCCGGACGCGAGCGUUACAAAAGGCUCGGGGAAGAAGAUCACACUCGACAAUGUUCUCGGCGGCCAGUUCUAUCCUCAGUCACAAAGUGUGUCCUGGAUCGCAGGUCCCAAGGGAGAGGACGGUCUGUUGCUCGAGAAAGGCGUAUCAGGAAAAGACUACUUGGUCGUAGAGGAUAUCAGGAGCAAGGGCAAUACUGAAGCUGCAGGGGAUAAGUUCACGUUGAUGAAGAAAGGCAACUUUCAGAUUGGCGAAGACAUAUUCAUCUAUCCUAGCAAUGUCUGGCCCAGCGCCGACUUCAAGAAAGUGCUUGUGAUGUCUGAGCAGCAGAAGAAUUGGAGGCAUUCCUACACGGGACUCUACUGGAUAUUCGACGUCGAGACACAAACCGGUGAGCCUCUGGAUCCCGAGAACCAAAGUGCCAGGGUGCAAUACGCGUCCUUCUCGCCCCAAUCGGAUGCUGUUGUCUUCACGCGGGACAACAACCUAUACCUCCGCAAGCUAGACUCCCAAAAGGUCGUCAAAAUCACACAUGAUGGAGGUUCUGAGCUUUUCUACGGUGUACCUGAUUGGGUGUACGAGGAGGAAGUUUUCCAGGACAACAGCGCGACAUGGUGGUCCGAGGAUGGCAAAUAUGUCGCGUUCCUGCGAACUGACGAAUCCAUGGUGCCAACAUACCCGGUACAAUACUUUGUUUCUCGCCCAAGUGGGAAACAGCCCGACGCUGGCAAGGAAUCUUACCCUGAGGUCCGCGAGAUCAAGUACCCGAAGGCUGGUGCGCCAAACCCGAUCGUGACGUUGCAGUUCUAUGACAUCGAGAAGAGCGAAAUGUUCAGGGUCGAUAUCGACAAUGACUUCACAGACAAGGACCGUUUGAUCACAGAGAUUGUUUGGGCUGGCAAGAGCGGGCAAGUUCUUGUCCGAGAGACUAACCGCGAGAGCGAUAUUCUCAAGCUUAUAUUGAUUGACGUUUCGAAACGCACCGGAAAGACCAUUCGAGAAGAGAAUGUUGCAAAACUAGAUGGAGGAUGGUUCGAGGUGUCUCACAAGACAACCUUUAUCCCCGCUGAUUCUUCAUUGGGUCGUGCAAAUGAUGGAUAUAUCGACAGCGUCAUUCACGAAGGAUAUGAUCACAUCGGUUACUUCACUCCUCUCGACAGCGACAAGCCCAUAUUACUAACCAAGGGCGAGUGGGAGGUCGUGGAGGCUCCAUCUCGAGUCGAUCUAAAGAACAACCUCGUCUACUAUGUCUCUACCGAGAGAGGCUCUAUGGAGCGCCAUCCCUACGUCGUUGCCUUGAAUGGCACUGACAAGCGAGAAGUCAUGGAUCACAGUGGCCCUGCUUACUAUGAUUCGUCCUUUUCUACGGGCGGUGGUUAUGCUCUGAUGUCCUACCAAGGUCCCGGCAUCCCAUGGCAGAAGAUCGUCAGCACACCUUCAAACACUGAAAAAUUUGAGAAGGUGCUCGAGGAGAAUAAGGCGCUCGAGAAGAUGGUGCAGAAGCAUGAACUUCCCAUUCUCAAGUACCAGACUAUCGAUGUCGAUGGCUUUAAGCUCAACGUCCUUGAACGACGCCCGCCACACUUCAGCGAGAAGCGCAAGUACCCCGUUUUAUUUUACCAAUAUAGCGGCCCAGGGUCACAGCAAGUACAACGCAAAUUCGAAGUCGACUUCCAAUCUUACAUCGCCGCAAACCUGGGAUAUAUCGUCGUUACAGUUGAUGGCCGCGGUACUGGCUUCCUAGGCCGCAAGCUACGCUGCAUCACCCGCGACAACAUCGGCUACUACGAAGCCUACGACCAAAUCGCCGCUGCCAAAAUGUGGGCCGCGAAGAAAUACGUCGACGCUGAAAAGCUCGCUAUCUGGGGCUGGAGCUACGGCGGCUUCACCACGCUUAAAACCAUUGAAAUGGACGGCGGCAGAACAUUCAAAUACGGCAUGGCCGUCGCGCCUGUGACAGACUGGAGAUUCUACGACUCCAUCUACACCGAACGCUACAUGCACACUCCGCAAAACAACCCGACCGGCUAUGACAACACCUCCAUCACCGACGUGCACUCGCUCUCGCAAAACGUGCGCUUCCUGAUUAUGCACGGCGUCGCAGACGACAACGUACACAUGCAAAACACGCUCACGCUGCUCGACAAGCUUGACGUCGCGGGCGUGGAGAACUACGAUGUCCAUGUGUUUCCGGACUCGGAUCAUAGUAUUUAUUUCCACAAUGCGCAUAAGAUUGUUUAUGAUAAAUUGACGUGGUGGCUUACAAAUGCGUUUAAUGGCGAGUGGUUGAAGAUUCAGAAGGUGAGGCCGAAGGCGCAGGCGGAUGCGAGGUCGUUGGGGAGGUGA